AUGGCUCAACAAUUGUUAGCUGAUGCUGUUCAAAGGAGAGUACUCCAGAUUCUUACGGAAGAUCAGCAGCCAUAUACUCGUGGACAUUUGAUCAUUAGACUUCAGGAAAACCGACCACCAAAUGAAGUAUGGCCCAGAGAGAUCCAAAACAUUGGCGAAAACGAUCUUGAUCAAUAUCUUGAACCUUUGCAGAAUCAAAUCGUUCGUUAUCGCAAUGAUGAGGAACGUCAACCUGGCAAUCCGUACUGGUAUGCUCUCCGUCAACCAAACGAACCGAAUGACACCUUCAAUCAACCUUACCGAAGGAAUGCUAACAAUCAAUUCUACAUUUGA